AUGACCAGUUCCGCCCACUUCCGCGCCCUGGACCGGGACCACGAUGGCCUCGUCUCCCGCAGCGAGUUCGCCCGCGGCGCCGGCGCCGGCCGCAGCGGCCUGCGGGUGGCGGCAGAGCGCGUGACGCGGAUGGCGGAGAGCGAAGCGACGGAGGAGUUGCUGACGCUGCACAGCGACGCCAGCGACGCCAGCGUCGUCCGUGCAUCGCCCACCGCAGCCCCAACGACUGCGGUGCUGGUGAAGUCGGAAUUCGAGUGCUUCACCGGUCCAGGUCGUGCUUGCAAGGCAUGCAAGGACUUAGAGGACAGGACGGAUCAUGACCAGUGCUUGGAAUGUAACGAGGGCUACAAGCUGGAGAAGCAGAAAUGCGCUCCCUAUAUGUGCGAUUUGGAGGGAAUCGAUGGUUGCAAGCACUGCCGAGCCACUCAUGAAAGAACAGCAGAUAGGCAAUGCGGAGAGUGUGACAAGGGCUAUCUCCUCACCGAGUUCUUCAAGUGUCGUUCCUUUCGCUGCGACGCGAAGACGGCGGGUUGCACCAGCUGUCGACCACAGAAGGAACUGACCAAGGACCAGCAGUGCGUCACCUGCAAGGCUGGCUUCAAACAUCUGGCAGAUCAGACCUGUCGCAAAUUCAUUUGUGAUGUGUCCGAGAUUGAAAACUGCCAGAGCUGUCGGGAUGCCAGCAGGCUCACAGAUGAUCAUCAGUGUGAGACUUGCAAGCCUGGGUUCAAGCUGACUGAGAACUUAUGCGAGCCUUUUGCUUGCAGCACCGGGCCUUUGGAUGCCUGCAAGAGCUGUGAAAAGCUUGAGAAUCGCAUUAAGGAGAAUGAGUGCUCAGAGUGCAAUCCGGGCUUCAAGUUGCUGAAUGGCACUUGUCAGCCCUACUCCUGCAGUCCUGGACUGGGCAGUGAAUGUUUGAAGUGCCAACUCUUGGAGAAGCGCACGGCGGAGCAGCAAUGCCUCUCCUGCAAUCGGGGUUUCAAGCUAAACCAGGACUCAAAGUGCGAACCCUACGAGUGCCACGUGGGGACGGAGGACGAAUGCCGCAUUUGCACUCGUCAAGAAGCAAGGACUUCUGAUGGACAAUGCUACCAAUGCAAUCCAGGAUAUCGUCUCACCCGUGAUCUGCACUGCGAAGCCUUCAGCUGCGAGGAAGACGUGGGCGCGGGAUGCAAGACGUGUCGCCUGCAAGCGACGCGAACGGAUGAAAACCAGUGCAACACGUGCAACGACGGGUACGGCCUGGUAAAUGGCACCUGCAAACCCUUUACCUGCACUCCCGGACCUGGGGCAGGCUGCAAGGCCUGCAAGUCACAACUCUCCAUGACCGGCUUCAACCAAUGCGCUGCUUGCAACGAUGGCUACACGCUGACCUCGGAAUCCACCUGUCAGUUGGGUUCUGAGAAUUGGGCCUCCAAUACCAAGGUCGUUCGCGCUUCGGCACGGCAAAUAUUUGGGCCCUGGAAAAUUGGGGGGUUUUGGAAAGCAACCACAAAAAUCGUGGAUUCAAUAUGA